AUGAUAAAGAAUAACAUCAAUGAAGAAGAGAGAGCAACAACUGAAGACCCAACAACAGCGCAGCCAUUGCAGAAGUGGCAAAAGUGGCAAGUUAAUGAUAUACACCAUGCAGAUGCUUGCAAGAUUACUCCAGCUAAAUUUUCAGGCUCUAAAGAAGUUGUGCCGCUUCACUUUCGGAAGUUGGCAGCUUCUUCUACAUCACCAAGUGCAGAAGAGAUCUACUUUCACUUCAGGAAGCAACAUUUUAUUUACUCUAAUGAGAAACAUACAUUCUCUAAACUUCCGUAUCCAUCCAAGGAAGCAAUUGGGUAUUAUCUCAAGAAUACUGGUUAUGGUACAGAAGCUAAAAUUGUUACUGGUACCGAGAAAUGGGGAAGGAAUGUAUUUGAGUAUCCUCAACCCACUUUCCAAAAAUUGAUGAAAGAGCAGGUCAUGGAACCAUUUUUCGUAUUUCAGGUUUUCUGUGUUGGCCUGUGGUGUUUAGAUGAGUAUUGGUACUACAGUCUGUUCACUCUGUUCAUGCUGUUUAUGUUUGAAUCAACAAUGGCUAAAAGCCGUUUGAAGACUUUAUCGGAGCUUAGACGUGUAAAAGUGGAUAGCCAAAUUCUGAUGGUUUAUCGGUGUGGCAAGUGGGUUAAACUUCCUGGGACAGAGCUUCUGCCUGGGGAUGUUGUAUCCAUUGGGCGCUCUACUGGUCUGGAUGGGGAAGACAAAUCUGUGCCUGCUGACAUGCUUAUUUUGGCUGGAAGUGCUAUUGUGAAUGAAGCCAUUCUGACUGGGGAGUCUACACCACAAUGGAAGGUUUCAGUAGGCAACAGAGGAAAUGAUGAGAGACUAUCAAUCAAACGGGAUAAGGCACAUGUUCUUUUUGGUGGUACAAAAAUAUUACAGCAUACACCAGAUAAGACAUUUCACUUGAAAGCCCCUGAUGGGGGAUGUGUGGCUGUUGUGCUGCGAACUGGAUUUGAAACUAGCCAAGGAAAGCUAAUGCGAACUAUACUGUUUUCAACUGAGAGGGUUACUGCAAACAGCUGGGAAAGUGGGCUUUUUAUUCUGUUCUUGGUAGUAUUUGCUCUUAUAGCUGCUGGUUAUGUCCUUAAAAAGGGCCUUGAGGAUCCAACAAGGAGUAAAUACAAGCUUCUUCUGAGUUGUUCGUUGAUUAUUACUUCUGUGAUCCCCCCCGAACUUCCAAUGGAGCUGUCGAUAGCUGUUAAUACUUCUUUGAUUGCACUAGCCAGACGUGGAAUUUACUGCACAGAACCAUUUAGAAUUCCAUUUGCUGGAAAGGUUGAUAUAUGUUGUUUCGACAAGACUGGGACACUAACUUCAGAUGACAUGGAAUUUUCUGGGGUUGGUGGUCUGUCAGAUAGUGAAGACUUAGAAACAGAAAUAUCUAAAGUGCCAGAUCGAACUUUGGAAAUACUUGCAUCCUGUCAUGCUUUGGUCUUUGUGGACAAUAAGCUGGUUGGUGAUCCUCUUGAGAAAGCUGCACUGAAAGGAAUUGAUUGGACCUACAAAUCAGAUGAAAAGGCCAUUCCAAAAAAGGGAGGUGGCAAUUUUGUCCAGAUUGUUCAAAGGCAUCACUUUGCUUCUCACUUAAAAAGAAUGGCGGUAGUUGUUCGUGUUCAGGAGGAAUUUUUUGCUUUCAUUAAGGGUGCUCCAGAAACCAUUCAGGAAAGGCUUAUUAAUGUGCCUGCAUGGUAUGUUGAGACUUACAAGAAACACACACGUCAAGGGUCUCGUGUUUUGGCUUUGGCUUACAAGUCCCUUCCAGAUAUGACAGUUAGUGAAGCGCGGAGCUUAGAGCGUGACACAGUAGAAAGUGGUCUAACUUUUGCUGGAUUUGCAGUUUUCAAUUGCCCUAUCCGGGGAGACUCAGCCACUGUGUUGUCCGAAUUAAAAGCAUCCUCACACGAUCUGGUAAUGAUUACUGGUGAUCAAGCUUUGACGGCUUGCCAUGUCGCCCGCCAAGUUAAUAUAAUCUCAAAACCAGCACUAAUUCUUGGCCCGGCUAAAGGCAAUAAUGGUGGGUAUGAAUGGGUUUCUCCAGAUGAGACCCAGACAGUAAUCUUCAGCGAGAAUGAGGUUGGAGAUUUAUCUGAGAGUUAUGAUCUUUGCAUUGGUGGUGACUGCAUGGAAAUGCUGCAGCAAAGCUCUUCUACCCUUAAAGUCAUUCCUUAUGUGAAGGUAUUUGCCCGUGUUGCCCCUGAGCAAAAGGAACUCAUAAUCACUUCUUUCAAAUCUGUGGGGAGGGUGACGUUGAUGUGUGGUGAUGGCACAAACGAUGUUGGUGCUCUAAAACAGGCACAUGUUGGGGUGGCUUUACUUAAUGCAAUGCCCGCGGGACAAACUGGGAAGUCUGCAACAUCGUCAACGAACGAAACCGAAAAGUCUGGUAAAUCUAAGAAACCGAAGCCUGCAAGUGGAACUGCUGAUGGUCCUUCAAAGAGCAAACCUGCUUCAAAGUCGGAGUCUACCAGCAGCCAGAAUGCAAACCGUCAUCUAACCGCUGCAGAAAUGCAACGCCAAAAGCUGAAGAAACUAAUGGAUGAGCUAAACGAGGAUGGUGAUGGCCGUUCUGCUCCAGUUGUUAAACUGGGUGAUGCCUCUAUGGCGUCGCCAUUCACAGCAAAGCAUGCUUCAGUCUCUCCAACUAUCGACGUGAUCCGCCAGGGUCGUAGUACCCUCGUCACCACGCUCCAAAUGUUCAAGAUACUCGGGCUCAACUGUCUUGCUACAGCCUACGUCCUUAGCGUGAUGUACUUAGACGGCGUGAAGCUGGGCGAUGUUCAGGCCACAAUCAGUGGGGUCUUCACUGCUGCCUUCUUUCUGUUCAUAUCCCACGCCUCCCCACUCCCGACACUAUCAGCCGAGAGGCCUCAUCCCAAUAUCUUCUGCUCCUACGUCCUGCUCUCCCUCCUAGGCCAGUUCACCGUUCACAUCUUCUUCUUGAUAUCAUCGGUGAAGGCAGCUGAGAAGUACAUGCCAGAGGAAUGCAUCGAGCCCGACUCAGAGUUCCACCCGAACCUCGUGAACACCGUUUCCUACAUGGUGGGCAUGAUGCUGCAAGUGGCCACUUUUGCUGUCAACUACAUGGGCCACCCUUUCAAUCAGAGCAUCUCACAGAACAGACCUUUCCAGUAUGCCCUCGUCGGGGCUGUUGGCUUCUUCACUGUCAUUACCUCCGACUUGUUCCGGGACUUGAACGAUUGGCUGAAGCUCGUGCCCUUGCCGAAAGAGCUGAGAAACAAGCUGAUGCUCUGGUCGUUCCUCGCGUUCCUGGUCUGCUACAGCUGGGAGAGAUUCUUGAGGUGGGCCUUCCCCGGGAAGAUGCCGGCAUGGAAGAAGAAGCAACGGGCCGUCGUGACAAGCGCAGAGAAGAAGAGAGUCUAAAGCAGCUAUGGAAUUUUGGUAUGAUAUAGCAUCACUUCUAAUGGCUAAAUCCCCAUGUUUUUUAUACGAGGAAAUGAUUUUUUGUGCAUGGAUAUUAGUUUUAUGCCGCCGCCGUAUGCAGCCUUACGCCACCACCAGUUCUAAUAUGUGGGGACAGUUUUGUUUUUUGGAUAUAAAAUACGACAAUUUUAAUCAAAUGUUUUGUUUAGUUUUAA